CGGGUCUCGCCUGGCCCCGACCGGAGCAGCUGGGCUCCAGCGCUGGGGCUGCGCCCUGCGAGACCCCUGGACCGUGGGGCCAACCUGUCCGAGCCCUCCCUGAUGUCGGGCCGCUCGCAGCGUUUGCAGCCGGCAGCGAUGAAGUGCCCCCAGUGCGACUUUGUUUCUUUGGAUGACGCUGCCAAAUUUUGCAGCAGGUGUGGGGCUCGGCUGGUUUCUGUCAUCAGCACUGGGGACGAGGACUCAGAAAGAAAAGAGGUGAAGCUUGCUCCAGUCCCUGAUACAGGAACAGAGCCUGGAGGAGAGGUGAAGGCAGAAGGUGAUGAUGAGCUGCCUUCCGCCACUGAAACACAGGAAGAGAUGGAGGGAGUGCUGACGGAGAGCACAUCAGGACUGACCUCAAGCAUCACAUCUGAAUGUACUGCAAACGAGCCUCCUUCUUGCACUGAAACAGAGGAGGAGGAGGAGAAAGGAGAAGGAGUGGAAGCGUCCCUACUGGAGGAUAUAACAGCUCCAAGUGACAUCUCAGAGACAGCUCAGUGUGUGGCUGGUGAUCCUUCUGGGAAGGCACAGAAGAGGAAAAAAAAAAGGAAUAGGAAGAGAUCAAAGAAAAAGAAGAAUAGAUCAAAGGAGGAUCUUUCCAGCUCUGAAGAACAAAGCUCUUUGCCCUCUCUAAGCACAUUACCCACUCAAACCACAGAACCAUGUGUUACUGCCCAAGAAGUCCCAACCUCGGGCAGUGAAGUAGUCAAAACAGGUGCUGAUGUACUUACUAAUGACAGUGGAGGUGCACAGGAAAGGGACAGAGUGUUGGAUCCCCCGGGAAAGGAAGCUGGAAGUCAGGAAGUGGUUGCAAAAGUCAGUCACAGCAGCACAGAUGUGAUCACCCCAACAAAGCAGAGCAGCACAGAUAAUGUGACUGCCCUGUCUCAAAGUUCUGCAGCCCCGAAGGAGAAGAGUGAAGACACUGCAUUGAAAAAUAAGACUGCCAAUAAGAAAGAGUGUGAAGUAACUGAGCAGGCAAGUCAGACCAGAGCACCUGAGGUGGCUAGAAAGGGUGAUGCUUCAGCUGUAGCUGACAGCCACAAGAAUCAAAAGCAACAAGCAAAACAGAAGCCAGUGGACAAGAUAAAAGAAAGCCUGGUGGGGCAAGGUGAUGGUGUCACAGUGUAUUUCCAUGCAGUGUUAUCCAAAGACUUCAAACUCAACCCUGAGACCCAUAAAGUCUUCAUCAGGGCUGGAGGUAUUUCUCCCUAUGUAAACUGGAAGGACAACAUUUGUGAGCUGCACUGCACCAAGGAUCUAGGAAGGCAUGGAUACCUCAUUGAUGGCACUGUAACCCUUUCAAAAGAUGUUAUUGAUAGAAAGAUUCCUUACAAGUACUGGGUUUCCUGUGACAAAGGGAAGUUUGAGUUGAUUUACAAGGACUCAGAAAAACCCCCUUAUGUGAACCGCUGUUUAUUCAUAAGAGGCUGCUUGCUCAACAACGGAGAGUGGCAUCAGUAUGACGAUAUUGUGUGUGCAGAGCCUUCCCUAAUGAAAAACAUAAUGCACAUCCUUCUUCGUGAUAAAAGGAAAGAUGUGGCAGAAGGGAAGAAAAUAGCUGCAAAGUUUAUGCUAGAAAACAUCUUCAGCAUUCUUGGAACCUGGAGUCCCAAAAACCUGAGAAGCUUCUUCUUACAGCUGGCUCAGUUCCAUGUUGUGACAACAGAGCAGUAUGUAUUUGACAGCUACCCAAUGCAGUGGACAGAGCUGGACUUUGGCAGAGACCAGGUGAAUGAGUUGCUGAUAAAUUACAUGGUGCACAUAGCUCUUCCUUUCUUUGCAUCAGAAGAUGCAGGAGCGCCACAGGAGGCGAUAGUAGUAAAAAGUAAAGUAGCUCUGGGGCUCAUCAUUCUCAGUGUAAUUAUUGAAUAUGACAUACCAGCAUCAAAAGAUUUCCUGGAUGGCCUGUGUAGCUUAUUGUGCUUGGAUGAGAAGUCAGAACAAGCCAUACUGGGUGACCUUCACCAGAUCAAAAAGGCUUUUGAAGCGCUUCCUGGUUUGAAUUUGCAGGCUUGCCUGACAGUCCUGUGCCACCACUGCAUUGAUGCCCGAGUAGACAAGUGGGUGUGGGUUCAUCCUCUUCUGCAUUACUUUGCUGGUCCUUCACAGCAUGAGCACUGGCUGGUAGAAGAAGAUAUCUGGGCAGGGCUGGAAGGGCUUCCAUUUGCUGAAAGAAGGAAGAUGCAAGACAAGCACACCCUGCUGAAGCUAAUGAUGGAAAAGAAAUACUUGAUGAAGUUUGAUAAGCGUCUGGUCAAGUCCUGGAUGUCUGUGCUGCCCCUGGAGAGCCUGGCUGAAUUCAUACACAGUUUCUCCAGUGAUUUGUUAAUUAUCCUUCAAGGGGUUCUCUACAGAUUAAACAGCACUGACUUCUCCUGGAACAGUCCUGAGGUAAUAAAGAACCUUCUAAAGACAGUGCUGCAUAGCUUGGAUGAGAAACAGGCCAGUGCUCUGGAAGCUCGUUACUGGCAGUCCUGCCUGACCUAUUGCUUCAAGAUACACCAGAGGGUCUGCAAGUACACAAAGCUGGGGCAGUUGUUCUCCAUGCAGGUUUCUGCUGCCAUGAUGAUUUCGAAGGUUGCCAAACUUCAGCCUGCAGCAAUUCCAGGAGAUGCUGCAGAGGAAGUUCCAGGGAGAGAGGUGUUCAUUGAAGCUCUGACGAACACUCGAAACUGGUUCAAAGGCACUUUAAAACAGAAGUUGUUAAAAGAAGGCCUGGAGCCUGUGAGAUUCUCUUUUGCUUGGGAAUUGGAGGCCUGGCAUGAAUUUGUGGAGAUCAGCUUCCCAGAUGAAAAUUUCACUAAGAAGUGGAAGGAGACUUUACUUGGAGACUUGAAGAGAAGAAUUCAGCAGGAGCCUCCAGUUAGUCAAGUCUUGGUCUACUGCUGUCUGCAUGUCGAAUUAGAACAACUGAACUCUUCCAUUGUCUGGUGCUUCUGUAAUUGUGCCACAGAGGCUGUAACUGCAGCUUGCCAGUCUCAGAGCAAUCUUCUCGAGAAGAUUUCUUCCUACAAGCUGGACAAGUUCAGUGAGCUGGUAUCAAGUAUUAUUGUGAAUUCCUGGCCAGCCAAGAGUGGGCAGUCUGAGGAUGACUUUGAGGAGGUUUUGCACCACGUGCUUACAUGGCCUGACAUCAAACGUGUCUUCACCAUUCACGGAACAAACACACAGCUCCUAGAAAAACUUACAUGUGAAGCCAAGUGUGUCAUAGCCAGUGCAGACUCUGCCUUUGACACUGUCAGCUACGACAUCUGGAACGGCUCUAUCCUCGUGAAACACCUAGAAGAGGUUUUCCAGCAUGAGCAGCAGUUCAUCUCUAUCUGGCAGAUAAAGCACCAGCACCUGCCAGAUAAAGACAUAAGGGUGCGCCAGAGGGAUCUGAACCAAUUGCUGAAGAGGAGGCGAGAAGAAGUAACACUUCUCAGAGAAGAGAAAAAAGCAAUAGGAACCUUUCUGAACAUGUGCAGGAAGGUGCAGACAUAUCUGAAAGUUGAUGUAGGUGAAGUGGCAUUUCAAGAGAAGGAAGAUUUUCACUCAAAAAGGUUAAACGAAGUUGUGAAUGUGAAAAAGAACCCUCCAGAGACCUACUACAGGUUGAGCCCAGAGCUGAAAAAAUAUGCCCAGAAAAUACAUUGUUUUAAGGACAGCCUGAUCUUCCAGCAGUUCUGGAAGGAAGCUGCACAGAAGGCAGUAGAGGAGUAUGGAAGUUCAGCAGAGGAAGAUGAAAUUUCAGACGAGGAGGAAGACUCCAAUUUCCCUGAGUUGGACCUCAAUGGUAUUUCCACCAGCCUAAUCUCUCCUUGUUUUGAGAGCUAUAAAAGGCUGUAUGAUGAUCUCAGAUCUGGAAGUCUGAUGCUUUCUGCAGUUGACACAAUCUUUCAGGAGUUCACAGAUCAGCCUGAAGACAUCAAAACUGAGCUGAAAAUCUUAUGUAAGCUUAGACCUGGAGAAGACAGUGCCUGGGUCGAUCAGCGGUUCCAGCAGAUCCAGGAGUACCACGAAAUGCAUUUAGCGUUUGAUGCUGCAAAGAUCUUUGCCAGUGUCAGAGAGAUUUUAAACCUCUCUGGUGACUUCAGCAUCCUGGAAAAGUUGUUGGACAUAGUAGAAACUCUUAAAGCAUCUAAGACACAAAAGCUGGAUUCCAUCAGCUCUGAGCUGAUGAGUGCCAAGAGACUGCUGCAGGGGAUCAAUGUGAAGCGUCGUGGCUGUCUGAAGGAGCUGGUGCAGCAGAAGGAGUUUGUCUGCUGGGUCAGGCAAGCACUGAAAGAUAUGAAUGAGCUGAAGGUAUUUGUGGACCUGGCUUCCAUUUCUGCUGGGGAGAACGACAUGGAUGUGGGCCGUGUGGCCUGUUUCCACGAUGCUGUGCAUGGCUACUCUUCCCUGCUCUAUGACCUUAAGCAGGACUCAGGGUUUCAGGACUUCAUGUACUGCUUGAAGAAGUUGUGGCGAGCUCUGGACAGCGAUGAGAGUCUUCCUGAGAAACUGCAUGCUUCAGCUCAACACCUGGAGUGGUUGAAAACAGUGAAAGAGAGCCACGGCUCUGUGGAGCUGUCCUCACUGUCUCUGGCAGCUGCCAUCAACAGCAGAGGAAUUUAUGUUCUCAAAGCACCAACCGAUGGCCAGAAGAUCUCUUUGGACAAUGUCCUGCACUUCACCCUGCCAGGGAACUCUGCAGAUGAAGAAACAUGGAAAUACUCCCUGGCAGACCUCCGUGAACUGCAGAACAAGCUGAUGCUCAUGUCAGCAAAGGGGGAGCAAAGACUGGAGGUGGAGAAGUUCUCUGAGAUUUUCUUCAACGUUGUCCAAAGACUUGCCCAGGCCUUUAUAGACCUUUAUUCAGCUGGCAACAUGCUCUUCCGCUCCUGGCUGGCCCACGUGUACUGUUCACCCAAAAGUGAAUCAUGUGUCCUUAUGGACUUCUCCCUGGGGCUGAUCCCAGUGCUGCAAGGGCAGGGAGACACAGCAGCUGUGCUCCCAGGCCUCUGCAAGACGAUGGAGAGUUUCCUGGAGAAAUGGGGAAGUUUCAUGUCUGACAAACGAUCCCAGCACUUCUACCUGAACUACUACACCGCGGAGCAGCUGGUCUAUCUGUGCAUGGAGCUAGGGCAGGAGGCACCCAGCCAGGGGGCCCUGAUGAUGCUCUCCUUCAUAAAAAGCAACUGCUCCAAGCUGGAUGUCCUUUUAGCCUCCAUCAAUGUGCGGCCUAAAAGAUCAAGUGGAGCGAUUUCUGACUUGCAAGUGAUGCUGGAUAAAGGGAAGGACCUGAGUGCGCAGCUGGAGUACAUCUGGGAGUGCUACAUGCACAACAUGGGCCACUUCCUUCCAAGCUGCUUGGAUAUUGAUAGGCUUGGUAAGCUGCUGGAGAAUCUGGCCAGCAGUGAGAGGCAGAGUGUCACAAGAGACUUCCCACAGGACUUGCUGCGUGUUGGCCAGCCCAACCUCAUCACCUGCCCUUGCUCAGAGGUGCUCACAUCGGCUCUGGCCAUUUACAUGAACAGCCCCAACGAGCCCCUCCCGACCUACGACGAAGUUCUCCUGUGCACUCCUCAGACCACCGCUGAGCAGGUGGAGCUCUUCCUCAGGAGGUGCCUCAUUCCCUGCAACAGGGGAGAGAAAAUUUACACCAUGCUGUAUGCAGACCAGCUGAGUUACGAGGUCAGCCGCAGAGCGGAGGAGCUCUUCCAGCACCUGCGGCACUACAGCAGCAGCUAUCGCCUUGUCAUCCUCUGCAGCUGUGAGAGGGAGCACAGCUACAUCCCUUCUGCCUUCAGCCAGUACAAAGUGCACAUGACACCCCAGAGGCCACUAGCUGAAAUCCAGCAAUACCUUCAGCACCACUACAGAGUCGCUCAGCCUUCAAGCUCAGCUGCCUCUGUGUUCAAAGGCAACAUGUGUGUGGGGAUUGUGUCCUCCAAAAGAGCUGGCGUGGGGAAAUCUCUGUAUGUGAAGAGGCUCCACAAGAGGCUGCAGGAGCAGCACCCUCACGGUACAAAGCUUCUGAAAACCAUUAGACUAAUUGAACCAGAAGUUGAUGAAGAUAAAGUGCUAAAAUCUCUCCUACCUUUUCUGAAGGAAAAAUACCAGAGAGCACCCAUGAUAUUCCAUUUUGACAUCACCUCUUCAGUACGGGCUGGAAUUCCAGAGUUUCUGUUCAAGCUGUUGGUUUUGCAGUGUCUGACAGAUAAUAACGGAAACAUGUGGCGACGACAGACGUGCCACUUGUACAUCAUUGAAAUCCUGGAGGCAUCAGCAGAGCCAAAGGCGGCAGCAAGACAUAAGUCAGCAAGGCAGAAGUAUAAUUUCAUUGAUGUGUUCCCUAAAGUAACGUGCAGGUCUCCCAAGGAAAUACUGGAAAUGGAGACGCUUGGGAAGCAGUCUGUGGAUGCUUCAGACCCAGGAAUGGAUGAGGAGGAAUUUUGCAGUGAGGCUUUCCAGAGACCUUUCCAGUACCUGAGAAGAUUUGACCGGGGGCGCAAUCUGGACACGUUCUGUUACAAAGCACGCUCCGUGAAAGGGAGCCCAGCAGAGUGCCUGCAGCUGUUCCUCCUGCACUGCGGCGUCACAGACCCCUCCUGGUCAGAGCUGCGGAACUUUGCCUGGUUUCUCAACGUGCAGCUGAGAGACUGCGAAGCCUCUGUCUUUUGCAACCCUGACUUUGUCCAGGACACGCUGCAAGGCUUCAAAAACUUUGUUGUUACUUUCAUGAUUUUAAUGGCGAGGGAUUUUGCGACGCCCUCCUUGAACAUCUCCGAUCAGAGCUCAGGCAGGCAGUGCUCCAACCUGGGGGAUGUUUCGGAAGAGGAUCUCCUCCCUUUCCGCAUUCGGAAGAAGUGGGAGUCUGAGCCUCACCCCUACUUAUUUUUCAACGAGGACCGCGUGUCCAUGACCUUCCUUGGCUUCCACUUCCAGGCUAAUCAACAUCAGUGUGUGGAUGCUGUCAGUCCUCUGAAUGGCAGCGUUAUCAAGAAGAACGUCAUGAGCUUGUGGCUGUACAACGGUUUGCUGCUCCAAGGGGUUCGCUUCAACGUUCCCUUUGAUCAGUUGCCUCGGCAUGAGAAGCUGGAGAGGCUUUGCAUGGUGCUGGGCAUCCCCUGGGUGGUAGACCCUGACGAGACAUAUGAGCUGACGAUGGACAACGUGCUGAAAAUCCUGGCUAUCGAGAUGCGGUUCAGGUGCGACAUUCCGGUGGUCAUCAUGGGGGAGACAGGCUGCGGGAAAACCAGGCUGGUGAAGUUCCUCUGCCAGCUGCGCAGGAGCUGCACCGAGGCCGAGAACAUGAAGCUCGUCAAGGUUCACGGCGGUACUACUGCAGAGAUGAUUUAUGCCAAGAUCAAAGAAGCGGAAUGCCUCGCAAAAGCCAACAAAGAGCAGCACGGGCUGGACACUAUCCUCUUCUUUGACGAAGCCAACACCACGGAGGCUAUAAGCAGCAUCAAGGAAGCUCUGUGUGACCGCACGGUACAGGGAAAGCCUUUGGCCUCUGACUCUGGCUUGCGGAUCAUAGCAGCCUGCAACCCUUACCGUAAGCACACGCCACAAAUGAUUCAGCGCCUGGAAUUAGCCGGACUGGGCUACCGUGUGAAAGCAGAUGAGACAAAGGAUAAGCUUGGAUCUAUUCCCCUGAGGCAGCUCGUGUACCGCGUCCAUGCCCUGCCGCCCAGCAUCAUCCCCUUGGUGUGGGACUUUGGGCAACUGAACAACUUAACCGAAAAAACAUACAUCCAACAGAUUGUCCAGAGAGUCACUGAGGACGUCCCCAUGAGGCAGCGUGAAGCAAACGUGGUCACAGAAGUGCUUUUUGCUUCCCAGCAGUACAUGAGGCAGAGGGAGGAUGAGUGCAGCUUUGUCAGCCUGCGAGAUGUGGAACGCUGCAUGGAAGUUUUCAAGUGGUUUCACAAGCGCAGCGACCUCCUGCUGAGGGAGCUGAAGAAGUACCUCGAUGCAAAGAGAGCUCCGAAGAGCGCUGUUGAGAGAAACAACGUUAUCUGGUCCUUGGUGCUGGCCCUCGGGGUCUGCUAUCACGCGUCCUUGGAGAAGAAGGAGGAAUAUAGGAGAGCUAUCAGCCAGGUGCUUCCGAAACCUUAUGAUACCCAGAAAAAGAUUUUGGAAGAAAUCUCCCUGAUGCAGGAUUUAUUCUUGAGCGGUGUGCACCUCCGAGAUACCAUAGCGAGAAACUUGGCCCUGAAGGAAAAUGUCUUUAUGAUGGUCAUCUGCAUUGAGUUGAAAAUCCCUCUUUUCCUUGUGGGGAAGCCUGGAAGCUCCAAAUCUCUUGCAAAAACCAUUGUGGCCGAUGCUAUGCAGGGUCAAGCAGCUUACUCAGAUUUGUUCAAGGAGCUGAAGCAGAUCCAUCUUGUGUCCUUUCAGUGCAGCACUCUCUCCACUCCAGAGGGAAUCAUAGGCACUUUCAAGCACUGUGCACGAUUCCAGGAAGGGAAGAACUUGGAGGAGUACGUGGCAGUGGUGGUUUUGGAUGAGAUUGGGCUGGCAGAAGACUCUCCCAAAAUGCCCUUGAAGACUUUACAUCCACUUUUGGAAGAUGGCUGCAUAGAUGAUGUCCCUCUUCCUCACAAAAAAGUUGGCUUCAUUGGGAUUUCCAACUGGGCUUUGGACCCUGCUAAAAUGAACAGAGGCAUCUUUGUCUCACGUGGUGACCCCAGCAAAGAAGAGCUGAUAGAAAGCGCAAAGGGGAUUUGUUGCUCAGCACGAGGAGCCUUGCAGAAGGUCGAACAGUAUUUUCCUCACUUUGCAGAUGCAUAUGAGAACAUUUGCAAGGCCCAAGACAGGGAAUUCUUUGGUCUGCGUGACUACUACAGUCUCAUAAAGAUGUUUUUUGCCUUAGCUAAGAGCUCCAAAAGUGACCCAACGCCUCGGGAUGUAGCUGAAGUUGUUCUUCGUAACUUUGAUGGCCAAGAUGGUGUCAACGCCUUGGAAAUAUUCACCUCGCGGUUAGCAGAGAGAGGAGAAAUCCGUGCUCAUGAGGUCAGCAGGAUCGAGCUGGUACAACGAAACAUUUACAGCAGCAGCGAUGAUGGUGAUUGCAGGUACCUGCUUGUUUUGACUGAGAACUAUGCAGCGCUGCAGAUCCUCCAGCAAGCUUUCUUUAGUGCCCGACAGCAGCCAGAAAUCAUUUUUGGCUCCAGUUUCCCUAAGGACCAAGAGUAUACCCAGAUCUGCAGGAACAUCAACCGUGUGAAGGUCUGCAUGGAAACUGGCCAAAUAGUCGUGCUCCUCAACUUGCAGAACCUUUAUGAAAGCCUCUAUGAUGCCCUCAAUCAGUACUACGUGUACCUUGCUGGCCAGAAGUAUGUUGAUUUGGGACUGGGCACCCACCGGGUGAAGUGCCGAGUGCACCCCAAGUUCCGCUUGAUAGUCAUCGAGGAGAAGGAUGUGGUGUAUAAGCACUUCCCCAUUCCACUCAUCAACAGGCUGGAAAAGCACUACCUGGAUAUCAGCACUGUGCUGGACAAGGGGCAAAGAGAAACUGUGAAAGAGCUGAAGAAGUGGGUCCAUGAGUUCAGCGCAGCCAAUGUGGAAGAGCAUUUCAUAAGCCAGCAGCAGUACAGCCCUUCGGAUGUCUUUGUGGGCUACCACCCUGACACCUGUGCCUCAGUGGUGCUGCAGACAAUGGAAAGGCUGAAACCAGCGUGUCCUCCUAGUGAACUCGUGUCCAGAGUGAAGAAAGAAGCCCAGCUGGCACUGCUGAACUGUGCCACCCCGGACUCUGUGAUCCGCCACUGCAACUCGCCAGGCGCCUUCCUGGCAGAUGCUCUGGCCCAGGUUUACUUCAAGCAGCAGCAGCACACAUCCUUUGCAGACUUCCUCCGAGCACACAUCCAUGCUGGGUCUGGAUACCAAACAGUCUUCACAGAGGUCACCACCUUCUCGAGGCUCCUCACCAGGGCUGAUGCUGCUUGCCUGGAGAGAGAAGUGCAGGGCAAAGCAGAAAGUCCUCAAAUCCUGUUCCUGCAGCAGUUUGAUACAGAGUACUCAUUCCUGAAGGGCAUCAGGAAUUUCCUUGAUGCCACAUCAGGAAAUAAAGUCCUCAUUAUUCAGACUGACUUUGAAGAUGGCUCUCAAAAUGCCCAACUCGUUGCCUCAGCCAAAUACACUGUUGUUAACGAAAUCAACAAGAUGGACCUGGCAGAAGUCUCUGUCUUUGUUUACUUUAUCGUGAAGCUUUGCCGAGUGGAAGGAGGAACAUCCUAUGUGGGAUUCCAUGGAGGACUGUGGCAGUCGGUGCACAUAGAUGAUCUCCGCAGAUCCAAGGACAUGGUCUCUGAUAUGACUGCCCUGCAGAACCUCACCAUCAGCCAGGUGUUCUGUGAGGAUUUGGAGAAAACCAGAGUUGCAGCUCUGCCCAGGAAUGGAGAAGAACAGGAGGAAAACGGAGCGGAGGCUGAAACAGCAGCGGCAGACGCAAAGCACUGCGAGGAUGAGAUCCUGGACACCACUGUGCUCCUGAGGACCUGUGUACAAAGUGCUGUAGGGAUGCUGCGGGACCAGAACAAAGACCUUAGCCGAAGCAGAAGGCGAAUUAAGAUUCUCCUUGGCCUGCUGUCCAAAGAGGAUGACUUCAAAGCCCUUUUCCUGAGGAUAACAAAGACUCGUCUCUCCAGCCUUUUGAAGAAGCAAGAAGAAAACUCCUUUCACCCAAAAAACUGGGUGCUUCGAGAAGCUUCUAACCUCAGUGCUCUCCAGGAGGCAGGUACCUUCAGGCACACCUUGUGGAAGCGAGUCCAGAACGUGAUCACUCCAUUCCUGGCUCUCCUGAUUGCUGUCAUAGACAGAAAUGGCAAUCUGGAGCUGCUGGCCAGGCCAGCAGCUAAGUGGGUGACAAACCUCUGGAUGUUCAUCUUCAAUGAUACAAAGCUUCUGACUGUCCCUUACAGUGUGGGUAAGAACAGCUCUCAGCCAGAGAUAAUUCUAGUGCAAAACAACAUGAUGGUGUCUGUUGAUGCUGGGAAUGAGAUGCCCUUCAGCUGGAGAAUAAAGGAGUACUUGGAUGAGAUGUGGUUGGAAGCUCAAUUCAUCCAGAACACUGAAGACCAAGCUGAGAAGUUUGUGGAUAUCUUCCAGAAAACUGCACUGGGAGAAUUUAUCUCUGCCCUGACUGAGAAAGAAAGGCAGAUGCUCUUCCAGUGCUAUAGCAAAGACUUCAUUGUCAUGACCAUUGGUGUGUCCACCCUGGAGGAGCUGCAGUGCCUGCAAACUGCCUUCUUAUCCUGCAUAGAGGAAUGGAGGGCCACAUGUCCCAGGAGAGAGAAGGCAGUGCCAUCCUUGCCUUGGGUCCACCUUGGGUACAAUCAAUUCAAGAGCCGCCUGCAGAACUUCUCUAGGAUCCUGGCUGUGCACCCCCACGUGGUUGACUACCUUAAGCAGAAAGGAUUUGGAAUGCCAAGUUCAGAGAUGGUUUUAGACGUGUUAGCUGCAAUGGUGUGUGCUGAAGAGCUGGAGAGUGAAGUGCAGACAGCCCUUCCAAAGCUCUGGCUGCAGAAAGUGAAGAACCUUCGUAUGCCUAUUGAAUUCCUUUGUAAAGAGAAGGAGUCACAAAGGAAUGGGAGUCGGUGCCAUCAGCUGCUAAAAGAACUCGAAGUCUGCUGGAGCAGGGUUUUCUGCAUGUCUCUGUUUGUAGAACAUGUCCUUUUGGGCAGCAACACUGUGAUGCCAGAAGUUGAGACUGUAGUGAAACAAUACACUUUGCGUCUCGCCAAGUGUUUUCAGCAUGAUUCAGACAUGAAGACUCAUCCAACUUUUAUUGCAGUGAUGAAAGUACUGUGCCAAUGUAAGGAGGAAGUCAGCAGGAGGCUGCACAGCUGUGGUCUGGAGCCUUGUAGCAUCUGCCUCAACGAGCCAAAGGAUCCAGUCUGCCUGCCCUGCCGCCACGUGUUCUGUCAGAGGUGCAUCAGAAUGUGGCUAAUACCAGCACAGAUGCACUGUCCACACUGCAGAGCUGCCGUGGAGGAUGAUGUGGAUUUAAAUGUCUCCGAGGAGCUUAGAAAUGCCAUAGAAAGAAAUGCCCUGUUCAGGCAGAGGUGCAAUAAUUUCUUCAUAGAUGUGAUCACUACCAUGUGCUUUAAGGACAAUGAACCCCCUGAGGCAAAGGUGAUCCAAGAGCUCCUUAAUCUGCUUUUUGUUGACGCAAGCCUCGUGAAAGGUUCAGAGCACCCUGCUAUCUACACAAAAUUCCUGUCCCCAUUUGAUGAUGAAGUGGAUGAAACUCCCAUCGUCCGCUCAGUAAUGCUGAAGCUGCUCUUGAAGUACAGCUUCAAUGAAGUAAAGAAUGAUGUGCAGCACUACCUGUCCCGGGUAGAGCACAACCAGAUCCUAGAGAAGAAAGACAAAAAAGAACUCUACUUGCUUUUUGUCAACUGCCUCGAGGAUUCCAUGUCUGAGGGCAGUCUUGGAUAUGACCAAAGAAAUGAUCUGCUUGGAAACAGAGGCUUUCCAGACAACUACCUCCCAAAGAACAACCAAAGUCCUCAGGAAUCAUCUGUUGAGUAUCUGCAGGCAGUGGCCAAGGUUCGCUUGUACCUGAGCAGGGCUGCAGAGCUGCUCUUUGACUUGCACGAGGCCCCAGAGCAAGACCAGGCAGAGGAGAAGAGGCAUUACCUGGCAAACGUGAGGACAUUCUGUAGCCUCGCCAGGAACGGCUGGCACCACGUUUACCUCGUCCGCAUCAUCGCCAGUCAGUAUGGGAUGGAGUUUGCUCAGCAGCUUCUCACAAAGGCACAGUUUAACUGGGUGUUCCCAGUGGAAAUUCUGCAACAGGCAGAGCAUGCCCAGUCCAAUCACAUGGAUCGUUUCCUGCUGUGUGGCAAGAAUUACAGAGUCCUGCGUGAUGCUGUGGGGAAAGCCAUGAUUGAUUGUGAGACUGAGGCUCUUCUGGAGGCAGAGAAGGUAUCUGGCAGCUCCCCAGCUGUACAAUCUGUCCAUCUGCUCCUGGCUAUUUUCAGAGAGGUCACCACCCUGUAUGGAGCUAGCAACUCAAGCCUUCACCCCAAACAGCAGCAAACAGAUGCUAUGAUUAACUUCAUCCAGAACUCCCAAGUCCUGUGUUUCCCAGAGCUGAAGCAGUUUGCCUCUUCUCUGGUGAUGAAUGCACUGCCAUCUCUGAGAGUGGAUCCUCAAAACUUCAGCCUCCAUGGAGCACUAAUGGAAAUGGUUGUCCAUGCUCAAGCUGUGCUGCUCUGUGGGCAGAACCCCAUCCUGCAGCCCCUCAGGAACCUGGCAUUCCACCCAGACAUCAUGAAGCACUCUUUUCUGCCUACAAUGCCAGAAGAUAUGGUGGCUCAGGUGAAGGUCUUGAAAGACCUGGCUGGUCUGCGCUGGUACACAUGUCCUAAUGGCCACCCUUGCACUGUAGGAGAGUGUGGCCUCCCCAGUCAAAUUGGUCACUGCUUGGACUGUGGUGCCCAAGUUGGAGGGAUAAAUCACAAACCGCUGCGAGGCUUUCAGGAGCAGAGGAUUAAUGAAGACAGAACCCAAACUGGGCAUGUACUGGGAGAUGUACAACAUAGGAGAACAAUGGGAGUGUCUGACCGGGCCCUGUCCCCACUUGCCUUCACCCUGAUACGCCUGCUCACGCAUCUGGCCAUGCUGCUGGGAGCCACAAAGGAUCCUCAGUCACUUCAAAAUCUUAUCAAGCCACCUGUGCCCAACUCGGUGAGUUUCCUGCAUCAGCAUAUUCAGGAGGACUUGGCACAGCUGACAAGAAUUGUGGGGAAGAGUGUGGAUGAGACAAUCAACAUCCUGCAUCUCAUCCUCUGCAGCCUCCUUAAGAACCCUCAUCAGCACCGAGGCCAGUGGCCAGUUAGAUUUGAUGGUGUGCUCUCCACCAGGCAGAACAGAAACAAGUGGGAAGAAAUCGUUGCAGAAACAAUCAUUGUUCCUGAACUGCAGGACUUGGAUAAAAAACUUCUGAAUUUAAAUAGACAAAUACAAGAGGAUGAGAGAAUAUCUUGCAAUCCAGUGGUGAAAAUAGUGUAUGGGGACCCAAGCACUUUCCUGUCCCAGCUGCCAAAGGACAGUCACAUAGAUCAUUCCAAGAUGUGGAGCUGCAGGAAGAGGAUUUCGGUGGAGAACCUGGGGCAUGUAGUCCAGCAAAAGAAUGCCAAGGACACUGUGCCCCUCCUUUGGAAGUUUUUGCAGAAGGAACCAGAACUGAGGCUGGUUAAAUUCUUACCAGAGAUUCUGGCUCUGCAGAGAGACAUGGUGAGGAUGUUUCAGAACACUGCUGGUGUCAAGCAAUGCUCAGUCAGAGAGUUUCUCAAUGAACCUCUCUCAGGUGGGAUGAGGGAUCUGUUACAGAGGAGAGUGGAAGUGUUUCUGUCUGUGUGGAACAAGCUGCGAAGCUCGCUGGACACCAAUGGGGAAAUUAAACUUCCUAAAGGCUGCUGUGACGCUGACCUGACCCUGGACAGCAAGCUCGAGGUUCUUCUGCCGCGUCGGCAGGGACUGGGUCUCUGCUCCACAGCCCUGAGCAGCUACCUCAUUAGUCUGCACAAUGACUUCAUCCACUCAGUGAACAAGCACAUCAAGGAAGAUGCCAGGUACUUGAUCAGUCCAUCAGAAGUGGCUGACCUACACUUGAUCAGUUAUGAAGUUGAAAGAGACCUGAUUCCUCUGAUCUUGUCCAACUGCCAGUACAGCAUGGAGAAGGGAGGGGUGACAUUGCAGGACUUUGACCUGGAGAGGAUCCAGCAGCAAGUUAUCAGCAAGUUCCUGCAGGGGAAACCGCUCAUCACCCUAACGGGAAUACCUACCCUGGUGUACAGACAGGAACGCAACUACGAACAGCUCUUUAGUGAUGUCAGGAGCAAGGUGAAUCAGAGUGCUCUCCCCAGUUCUGUGAUGAACACGAUCAGUGGGGAACUGCAGUCCUACAGCGAUGUCUGUGAUGCUCUGUCCAUCACUGAAAUUACCUUGGGAUUCCUGGCCAUGGCUGGAGAGAAUGGGGAGAUGCUGCUGACUGACUACAUCGUAAAUGUUCUGCAGAUGGGUGAUCAGACAAACCCUCAUGUACUGCAGGCCCUUAGGCACUGCCACCUAAAGCACAACAUAGCCCUGUGGCAGCUUCUCUCCACCCGCAAGUCUGAGCAGCUCCUGCGCCUCAAGAGGGAUCCUUUUGGAGACAUCAGUACAGACUACAGAGCUGAGCUCUGUCCAAAGAUUGCCAAGCUCCUCAACACCUUCCUUGUCUACUCAAGGCUGGAAACCUUCCUGCAGGAGCUCCACAAAAUGAUCAUCUUGAAGCUGAGACGUGUCCAAGCUGUGGAUGUAUUCAGGCCCACAUGGAGCUUGAAGGAGUCUCUCAUUCCUUGCCUCGAUGAAAAACACUCUGAGUUAGCUACAGAGCUGGAAGAGAUGUUCCCAGACGAGAUUCUUCUCUCUCACGCUACUGCAACGUGGAAGGCAGCUGCUGUCUUCAAGAGGGAGUACAGGGAUCAUUAAGGCUCGCUGGCUCUGACCUGCCUUCCCCAUGCACGGGGGACUGUCGGUGCCACAGCCUCGCAGUGCCAGUGAGAUGCUGGAACCUUGGGCAGUGAUGGUUGGUGGGUGUUUUUUUUUGGGGGGAUUGCUGUUUGGGAUGGCAAUUUUUGCCGACUUCAGUACCAAAAUAAUGAUGUGAAGAUGAGAUUCCUUCACCCCUAGUGGGGCUGGUGGAGAUACAGAAGGCUGCCCCUCGGAGGCGUCAUAAAACCCCUAAAGCUCCGAAGCCCCCGGAGGAAGAUGAAGGAUGCUGUGGAAGGGCAGCCUCGUUGCCUGGCGCUGGGAAAGGUGUUGGUUUGGGGGGCUGGGUUCUGGUGGUUUCUGUUUACACUGAACUGUCAAUGCUGCUCUUCUCUCUGCCGUGACUGCCUUUCACCCGCACGCCCCUGUCCCGUUCCCUCCCGGGCAGGGGCUGCCGCUGUGGACUCGGGACCGGGCUGCUCAGCCGCCACCGGCGGCAGCGGCGCCCUCACUGCCUUCAACCUCUCGCUGCGGCAGAGCCUUCACUGCCCUCCUCCGCCUCCCAGUCCCUCGCUGCCUGCCGCCGCGUUCCUCCUGGGGCUGGGCCCCUGUGCCGUACCCCUGUGCCCCAGCCUCGUCCCGGAGGUGCUUUCCAAUAAAGCCCAAUUCUCGCU